CCUGCCAUUUACAGAUCUGUGAACCUGCGCAGCUAACAUAAGUUAUAACACCUUUGAGUAGCCUGAUGGGUCUUUUACAGAACGACGUAUCAAUUUGAGGCCGGAAGUCAAACUGCUUCGGUUUACGCGAGUCAGGACCAAACUCAGAUUAAUCUUCUUCAUUUCAAGUGCAAAGAUGUUGUCUAUAUUCAAGUCCAUCCCCACGCACAUGGAUUAUAAAGGCCAGAAGCUAGCUGAACAGAUUUUCCAAGGAAUAAUACUCAUCUCAGCGGUGAUUGGAUUCGUGUAUGGUCUGCUCAUUGAACAGUUUGGGUGGACAGUGUACAUAGUCUUGGCCGGUUUUGCUGUUUCCUGCGUGUUGACCUUGCCCCCAUGGCCCAUGUACAGAAAGAAUCCUCUGUCAUGGCAGCCAGUUGUACCAGAGACCAGCGGGGAGUCCAGCCAAAAACCUCAGGAAAACCUCAAGAAGAAGAAGCACAAAUAACUCAGAACUAUCCCUGCCCAGUUGUUAAUACAUCUUUUUAUACUGGAAAUUAUUUACAGUUCACAUUUAAAGCAUUUAGGAAGAACUUUGUUACAGUGUUUAUCAGUGAAAAAUUAAUUACUCGUGCAGCCAAAUAAUAAACAGAAUUGACUGAA